AUGCGCCUUUUGUGUCCCUCAGCCGCUGCUGGAGCUCAUGUCAGUUGCUGUCCUGGUUUGCACAGCUUCACAGCACGCGCAUCGAACCUCGCAGUGCCGAGAACGAGAGCAAACGUUUGCGGAUGGAGGAUGGAGGGAGAAAGCAGGAGGGGGUUCGACCUGAUCGGGGGAAGGGAUUGGGACCUGCUCUCCCUCCGGCAGUUCCGACGGGAAGCAAGACUUCGCUACGCGUCCCUCAACCAGUCGGAGCCUCUUCGCAUCCUCCUCUUCGCCCUCCUCACCGUCUUCUCCGCGUCUGCGUCUGCACUAGCGGAAGCCCUUGACUCCAGUCUCUCCGACCCCGAGAAGGCCACCAGCCUCGUCGUCUCCGUCGCCUCCUUCCUCCUCUUUCUGCGUGAGAGGGGCAGACGCACCGCGCAGCUCGUGAGGUUCGACCGGGAGAGCAUGGCCUCUGACCUCUCCGCCGCCUUCGAGGAUCCACUCACGGGCUCACGCAAGUCGCUCAAACUUCGAGACCUGCGAGAGAAACUCCGCGUCCUCGUCGUCUACGGAGACGCGGAGACCCUCAAGGCUGUCCUCAAAGAAGCUGCUGUCUACCGGAGGCGCCUCCUCCAGUCUCAGGUGGCUCUGGUGGCAGCGAGCAGCGACGGCAGCAGCCGCAAGGACUGGGAGGUGCCCAAGAGCGCGCGAGGAGGAUGGCUGUGGGAAGCUACAGAGAAGCAGGCAGAGAGGGACGGGAGGCAGAGGAGACUCGCUGACUUGAAUUGCCGGGCGUCCUCAGGAGGAGGAGCGUGGUUCGCUCUCAACAAGAAGGGAAGGUCACGCGCGAGUGGCCUGGGAGCUCCUCGCUUCGACGAGUUGCUGGGUAGCCGGCUGCCUCCCACAGAGCUGUCGGAGCAAGACGCUCCCUUCUUCACCGAGUUGGACGAGUCGGUGGCAGCAGCUCAGGGGAGGUUCUACGACGUGAGUCUCCCUCAGGGUGGCAACGAGGUGACGAGCGAGCAGGCGCUGACCAACGGCAAGCUGGAGGAGAUGAGAGCUCUCUUCUCAGAGGAGCUGUCGGAAGAUGUCUCUGAGUUCGUCAACCUGGGCGGCCGCCUUGACCCGUGGGAUUCUCAACUCCGCGAAGGCUCGAGGCCUCAAGGCAUGAAGAUCAGCAGCAGGGACGUGACGGUCGCCGACGAUGGUCUGGAGGCGUGGACGACCUGCCUCGAGCAGCCAGCCGGAGGUUUCGGGACUCUGUUGGCAACACAGAGGUGGAAGAGGAAGGAGAGCGGAGGAGCAGACGCCCAGUGGACGUUGGUCGCUCAUCGCACCAUCCCCUUCAGCCUCAACGCAGGUGCCAUGGCCAUUCUUCGCUGCGACUGCCGCGGGUGUGUCGCCGGCCUCCGUACACUGGACAAACAAGGUCCGUUGGACAUGCCGAACCCUGCGAGCGACUAG